AAAUGAAACGUGCUUGUACACAGUUGCCACCUAGCGUCAACCUCUCACAUGAAUAUAAUCGUGAAUGUGGCGUGUGUUGUUUGGGAAAUUUCAUGUCGUAAAUAAAUUAGUUUCAAAAGAUCACUUUUUACAGUUAUAACUCAAGUUCAUGUGUGUUAUGAGAUUAAUCAGUUGAGAGAACUGCUGUCUAUAUCGGCAAGUUAACUUAAGAGGUUGUUUAGUUUUGGUAUUUUGUCAUAUGUUGCACGCCUGCCUUGGGAUCUUGAAGCAUACAAAAAAAUAAUAAGUUAUUCCGAUGCUAAAUUGAUAAUGCCAAAUAGACGCAACCAGUCUUCCGGCGCAUUAUUUCGACUACUUGUGACAAUGCGGUGCCUUAUGAUUGAAUGUAUUUACUGAAAUCUUUAUUGCUCUUCCAUAAUGAUAGUCAGAGCUGACGCUGAAUAGUGUCAUAAUGAGUCACAAUCUGGCGGGAAUGCCAUCUUACAGGCUACCAGGGCCAGGGUUAGGACCUCCAGACUUCAAGCCUCCAAUGGAUACACCUACUCCACAAGCUUCAGCCCCAAGUAAUCCUAAGAAGCGGAGAAAGACGUCUAAUGCUAGUAAUGCCCUGACACCACAGCCUCCACCAACAGCUCAAGAUUUGCUUCCACCUCCUCUCACAGGAUAUGGAGAUACCAUUGUAGCAUCCAAUCCUUUUGAUGAUUCUCCUUCUACAGUGUCCCACAAUGGACCAAUGAUGAAUCAAAAUGGACCUAUGAUGAGUCAGAACAAUUCAAUGGGAAUGAUGGGUCCCAUGCAUGGUAUGGGAGGCCCUCCAAUGAGACACAUGAGCCCUCUGCCACACAGCAUGAGCCCUAUGAAUCAGCAAAUGCCACCUAGAGGAGGAAUAAGUCCAAUGGGCAAUAUGAGCCCUAUGGGACAUAUGGGAGGCAUGUCGCCAAUGGGAGGCCCAAGUAUGGGAAUGAGUAAUCAUAGUAUGGGACCUGGCAUGGGACCAACAUCAAGAUCAAUGGGUAGCCCUAUGAGCCCAAUGAAUUCUAUGCCUAUGGGAUCUCCUAUGUCUUCUGGUCCUAUGGGUAGUCCUAUGAAUAUGGGUUCAAUGUCAGGUAGUCACAUGAGCAAUAGUCCAAUGGGUCCACCCAUGCACAGUCCACUAGGGGCAGGAUCUAUGAAUGGGCCAAUGAAUGGACCUAUGGGGGGAGGUGGCCCGAGUAUGAGUGUUCCAAGAAUGAAUGGACCAAUGGGUCCCAGCUGUUCCAAUGGUUCAAUGGGACCAAACAAUUCAAUUAUGUCUUCAAAUCCUAUGCAAAACUCUGUUAUGGGUCCUGGUCAUUGUGGGCCAAUGAGACAUGGAAGUCCUAUGACCUCUGGAAUGGGUAGUGGUCCAAUGGGAGGCAAUGGACCAAUGACAUCUAUGGGUCCAGGCCCUCCAUACAAUACCAGUCAUAUGGGGCAUGGUGGACCUAUGGGCAUGGGAGGAAAUGGCUCAAUGGGAAUGGGUCCUGGUCCAGGCAACAUGGGAAAUUGUGGACCACUGGCUGGAAUGAGUGGAAUGGCUAUGGGAGGACCAGGAGGUCAAGGUGUGGGGCCAAUGGGACAAGGAAUGGGUAUGUUUGGUCCUAAACCUAUGCCAGUCAGUGCAGGGAAAGUCUAUCCCCCAGAUCAACCUAUGGUGUUCAACCCACAGAAUCCAAAUGCACCCCCAAUAUAUCCUUGUGGAGUAUGUCACAAAGAGGUGCAUGAUAAUGAUCAAGCUAUACUGUGCGAGUCGGGAUGUAACUUUUGGUUUCACAGGGGAUGUACAGGACUAUCGGAGCCUGCAUUCCAGCUGUUGACAGCUGAAGUAUACGCCGAGUGGGUGUGUGAUAAGUGCCUAUCUUCUAAGAACAUACCGCUGGUAAAGUUUAAGCCAUAGCGAUGCGCCAUUCCGUGCUGUCCCCACCAAUAUGAGUAAGAACUGUUCUUGAACAUCACAAGUCUUUUUGAAAACUAGGUGGACUUUGAUUCGCGCAAAUCGAGUCUGACGUUGAUUGUCUUAACUUGAAAUGAGGUGCUAUGAGAAGCAUUGUGGACCGUCCUAGUCUGCGCGAAAAUUUCACUUCGAACUGAUCGAAUGUGUGUGUGUAUGAAAUGAAUAAUUAGUUUAUCGAUUGUGAGAGAUUUUGUUUUAUCAUUUUUGUAACUCAGUAAGAAAGAUCUCAUAUUGGGUAAUGUAAUUAAGGACUUUAAAAAAAAUAUAUAUCGAAAAUGAAAAGCAAUACAAAAUAUCGUUGACAAUUUCCCGAUAACUAAUAAAUUAUAUUUGCAGACGGCUCCGUAUCUAGUCUGUAAAAUUAUUGUCAUUUGCCUUAUUUAUUUAUAAUGUUAUGAAUGCUAUUAAACAAAAUUGUAUAAUGUUUAUGUGUGAUGUUCACGAAAAGUGUUCCUUCGUAACGCAUAUCUGAUCGAGCACAUGAAUAUUUGUUGUAAUGAUGCACGACUCGAGUUACAAAGCAAUAAAUAAAAAUGAUGUCUGUCGUAUGUUUUCGAUAGGUACCUACUUGUUUAACGUGUCGCUUUAGUGUUUGUGCAUAUUGUAAAUAUUUUCUAAAAUGGUAAGUCUAAAUUAAUGGUAUUCUUUUCCGCCUCGAAUCAAUGGUGACCAGACUUGUACGUACUUGUACGUAAUAAUACAAGUGCAGUGUGGUAUGAAAACCAGUGACUAGUAUCGUAUAGUCGUCGGGAUUUCGCAUCCAGUGAGGGGACUAUCCGCGGUCGCAAUGUGUGAAACACUCUUAAGCGAAAAUCAUUUUGCGUCGAUAAGAACUAUGUACUUAUUAUUUCGGUGCCCUGUUUUGCAUGUAAUAUUACGCGCGUUAUCUCUACUUACAUGUAAAUACGAUGAAUCCAUACGCUUUCUUACAUUUAAGAGUGUUAAAUGUGUUUGUCAAUUUUUUAACUUUUGGAGAAUGUUUUUUUUUUUGUAUACUCUUAAGGUGUAAAAUAGGUUGUGUAAAUACGACGCGUAGCUUAUAAAUGAGAUUAUACAUGUGGUGGCUCCGAAAUAUACGCGCUUGGUUGUGAUUAUGAAAUGCAUUAAUAAGUGAUGUUAGUUUAUUAUUUAGAGACACGUGAGCCGCGCCCCGGAGUCACCCACAUGUGACGUAUGUAAUCUAGACUAAUAAUAGACAAACCUCUAUAUCUAAAGUUUAAAAAAAAAAGUACAUUAAAAUCAUCGUCGAAGACAGUCAUAGACCAAUUCCUAGUUAGGAUAAAAUACAAAAUAAAUUUUAAAACCAUUUUAUGUAUUUUAAUCUCUUGAAUCAUAUUUUUAAAUUGAUUUUUUUUUGGCCACAAUCUUAAACUUUAAUUUAUUUUAGUUAUUAAAAUAAAACAACUGCAUGAUAUAUAUAUGUUUUAUGUUGCAGUCCCACUUAAAUCUUACGUUGGUUGUGCUAAUAAAAAUGAAGUCACUACAAUUAUUGUUCUGUCGUUUUUUCUUGCAUCCACAAAAAUAAUAUUUAAAAAAUAAUUCGAUGUCUUUUAUUAAGAUAUCACUGCUCGUAGGGAACGAACAAAUAAUAAUUUACGGAUAACCUUUGUUUCUAUUGUCUUGAAAUAUCUGGAAAAACAAUAUGGCCACGUUGUAUGUUUAUAAAAUAAAAUCAUUUUAGUAUAAAGAAAAAUAAUCGGAGAUUCUUUAUUUCCUUCUACAUAUUUACGUUUGUAAUUCAGUAGGAUAACUUAAUAUCAAAUGUAUUUUUUUUACCUUAAAGUCAAUUUUAACUAUUAAUAUUAUUGUGUAUUAUAUUGUCUUUACCUUGUGUUUGUUUGUGUGUAAUAUGCGGUCCUAUGUUUGGCACAUCAAUGUGGAAUAAAGCUACUGUAUAAUGCACCAAUAUUAUAUUAAAACUACAUAUACGAAGUUAAAAUGUAUCGUAUGAAGCUUUAUUGUAAUAAAAAAAUUAAUAUUUGUAUAACUACCUAUUUACUAUCAUUGAUUUGUCUAUGGUUACUGAAAUUACAGGUCACAGCCCUUGCGUUCGUUAUUUCACCGAAAAUUUCAUACGCGAUGUGCCAAAUGAAAGACCGCAUCAUCGAAUAAUUUGUGUUAUAUCGUAACCUCAUUUUUACUAGUUUAUCGAAGUUCUAAACAACAUAGUAAUAUCAGAUAACACGUUUGCAAGUAAAAAAAAAACUAUAAACGAUUGUUCCAUAUUGAAUUGUAUUUUUUUUUCGUGCGUAUUUCCAUUAUGUUUAUUUCCGAUGAUUCAAACUCUUUACAGCAUUGGGGUUUCCUCGGUGAAAUAAUAAGGUACCUACAUUGUGCAUAAGAGUCGUUCCCGAAAAUCAAGGUAUGCCACAUUCCCAUCAAAAUAACAAAUCAUCAUACAAUUUUGUUUGCAUUGCGAUCGAUGUUAAUAAAACUUCCUUCAUUUGAUUGCAGUCAUAAAUUAAAAAAACUUUUCCCGCGCACCAUCAAUACUUUUUUGUGUCUAUUCGGCAAAAGGAACGGUAUCUUUCAGCCUAACAUGUGCUUACAUCAGAAAUGAAUGUAACGAUAAAUACACACGAACCAAAAAAUCGUAAUGUACUGUAACUAAAUGUAAUUUUAUAACGAACGUCAUUAGUUUAUAAUAAUUUUAGCGAGAUUAUACAGUUUAAAUGAUUAAGUAUCAUUCACAAAUGAGUCGGCCUUGGGGUCGUCUACCGGCGACGACAAAGAAAAAAUGUUACAGUAAAACAUAUUUUUGUCACAAAUGCUUCUUUGACAACAUACGUUAUAUGGGGAACCUCUGCGUACCUGAUGGCAUUGAGUAAGUGUGACUAAAUUGGAGAUACAAUUUUAAAGGCGGGCAAAAUGCUUUUAAAAUAAAAAUAUACCUAACCUAACUUAACACAUUUUCAUCAUUAAGGAAUAAUAUUGCGUAAAACAACCCACAAAAAUAAUAAAUCAUCAUGAUGAUAUGGCGUAUUGCCGGCCUGUGCGGGUAGGUACCGCCACCCUGAAUAUUCCUACCGUUUGGUCUAUUAGCCACGAUAAAGUCAUCGAAGACAAAGAAAAAAGUUAAGAAUUAAAAUUGGCACAUACAUCUGACAGUGUUACUGUAAUCAUUCACCGAUUAUACAAAAUAUUAACAACCAAAUUAAUUAAAAUAUACUGUUUAUUGUCUCGUUAGAUUUAUUGUAAGCUUGCGAUGUUUGUAAUCGAGUAACAUUAUUGUUACUAAUCUAUUAGUACGCAUUACGACAGUACAAUUUUUAAAUGGAAAAGAAAAUUUGUAUAGAGUUUUCUAAGUGGUGUUCAAUUGUUUUUAUAGUAACGUGAUUAGUCAAGCAAUAUUAUAUGAAGAGAAGUUAUCAAAAUGUGUUAAGAUAUUUAAAAAUGCAAGCGCUCCUCGCUCGGAUUUGUUGUUUAAGUGAGUGAGAGAUUUACGCAAAUAAAUAACAUUGAAUGUAAAUAUAUUUAAUAUUGAUCGAUUAACGAAUGACGAUAUUCUGUACAGUUACUUGUAAUUAAAAUAUAGAAAAUAAUUAGUUUAAAACGUUCAUGAAGAUAAUAAUUAUUUUAAUGCUGUUUACAUCACAAUCGUUGAGGCGAUAGUUCCCACAAAAAAAUGUGUUUUCAAAUGUGUCUUAAUUUACAGUAAUCAUAAGAAUUCAAAUAAUACACGUUAUUGUCCGGUCACUGUCUUGGUUUUUGGUCGUUGGAUUUGAUUACCCUUUAUUUUGAAGUGGAAAAAGUUCUUCAAAUAUAGUCCUUAUGGGUUAUUAAAAUAGGAUCUAUCAAACCUAUACGGAAGUUACUAGAACAUUUAUUGUUAGCGGGGUCGCAAUCAUCUUCUCGUUCCGCUGACUACCGACCCACGCGUGAUGGCUAAGAAGUGUAUUUAUUUAUUGCAAGUCACAGUCACUGCAUACACCUUCGCCUUAAAUAUAUUUGAAGACUGCAUUUUAAGCUGGAUAGGAGAAUUCGUACUGACUGUUUCUACAUUUUAUUUACGUGUUGUUUAAAAGCAGCUAAAAAUGUUCAUUUUUUUCUAAAAUACACUAAUGCCGGGUAUACACUAGACAAGCGAAGGCUAGCCAACGAAUGAGUGCGCACUAUUAAAGUUUAACGUAAAAAACGAUUGUUUUUCAUUAAACAGUCAAGACUCCGUUUGUAGGUAUGUUGAAUAUUCGCAACGUAAUUCAACUCUUAACGAUUAUUCGCAGUGAUGGGAUGACACCGGAGAGCCGACAAGAAAAUCUCUUAAACUCUAACCGUAAUAACAGUAGAGAACAGCUACUUACUGAUACCGGUUUUAGAAUACACGGUUCAGCUCUAAAUUGAAGUAAAUUCUCAAAUUGAAUUAAAAAAAGUCAAUUAAGUUUCGCGCCAAUAAAUUAUCUACUACAAAAAACUGAAAUAGUUCUAGAACAUUUAGCUGGUUCGUCGUCACUUAAUUUGAAAAGCUCGUUGGUAUUCACUGUGUGCGUAGUGCGAGUUUUUUAACGUUCUCGAUAUCGUAAAAGUUAACUCAAAUUGGUAUAGCUUCGUUGUUAGUCGGCAACUGGGGAUGUUGAGUGUGCUUAGGGCGUAUUUUUUAACGUUCUCGAAAGCGUAAAAGUUAACUCAAAUUUGUAUGCAGUUGGAACAGCGCCCCUAACGGCAAACGUAGGCACACGUUCCAAAUCCAUACAAAUUUGAGUUAACUUUUACGUUAUCGAGAACUUUAAAAAACUCGCAUUAAGCACACUGAAGAAACCGUGCGUAUCGAUACCCAUUUGUGGAACUCACUUGUUGGACUUCGGUUUUCGCGAAUCGUAAAUAUGAUCAAAAAUACUUUUACGGCUUAAUCUCGCGCAUAUGGUCAUCACGUUAUUGUCGACGUAUUGAUGUAAAGUAGGUAUUCAUGGUCGCAGACGACUAAAAGUAGUUUUAAUUUUCACUUGUUUGAUUUUGUUUUUUUUUCUACGAUUGCGUUCGUUUACUAUAUAUUCGGUAUAUAUUAAGCUCGGCACUAGUUAUAGCAAAAUCUCCUAAUGGGGUUGGACAAAUACAAAUUUAUUCUAAUUAUGAAACCAGUUUUAUAAUUUUGAAUGGAAUAAGAUUUUACUACCGAAAAUGUUGAAACAGACACAUAUCCCUGUAUUCUAUCCAGCUUUGUUGUCUAUAAUAGUUCGAGAAAUUGAAAUAGAUGAUUUAUUUAUCAAAUUUAUUUGGUACACAAGACUAGAGGGUAGACGUAAAAGACACCUACUCGUUGUAUCAAAAUGACGUGACAAAGUAAAGAUGGCGCCACUGCUGCAAAAGUGUAAAUUUUAAAGUUGUAUAAAUUUCUUCAAUUUAUCUUUUAAUAAGCAAGUACUAUUCAAUUAAAAUUGUUUGUCAUUAUUAUUUACGGUGGGUUCAUCAAUUACUGUAUUAACGAGAAAAUUUAAGGAAGCAUGCUUCGUUUUGUUAAACAUUUAAAUCAAACCCUGGUGGUAAGUUUAUAAGCGCCAUUUUAAUGAUUUAUUGAAAUGCUGUUAGUUAUAUGUGGUUGCCACUCCACUACCCUCAAUAAAUAAUAUACAAGUUCAAAUUGCGGACACUAUCCAUCAUCAAGUCUUAGAAAGCUUAUGACAAAAAGACAGGACGAUAUAAUUUUUUUUUAUAUCAAAAUGAUCUGAAUUUUUUUUUCAAUUUGAACACUAUAAAUGUAUCAUUUCACAAUAAAUUAUUGUUUGUUACGUAAACAACUUGGGUUGUAACGUGCAUAAAUAAUAUUAAGUUAUAUAAUACAGAUUUUAUGAAAUCUUAACAAAAGAAUCAGUGGUCUUAAACUUGUGCAUAGUUUAUUUUGUAUUAUGUGUAUAAUAACGAGCAAUAAAGAAAAUAUUGUUA